GAGCAGAGCCGCAAUCCGACGCAGGAGGCAGGAAGCGUUGUGGCUCGUGUCGGGGCGCGAGACCGGUAGCCAGAGUCGGACGGCACUCCUCACAGCGCGCGGAGGCGAACGGGGAACCAGCGCCAUGGCGGAACAGGAUGUGGAAAAUGAGCUUCUGGAUUACGAGGAAGAUGAAGAGCCCCAGGCUCCUCCAGAGAGCACUCCUGCUCCCCCCAAGAAAGACGUCAAGGGUUCCUACGUUUCCAUCCACAGCUCUGGCUUCCGGGACUUUUUACUGAAGCCGGAGCUUCUUAGGGCCAUCGUGGACUGUGGCUUUGAGCAUCCAUCUGAGGGUAUGCCUCCUGGGUUCUCCCUGCCAGGAACCUCCUCACCGCCCUCUCUGUGGCCUCCUCAGCCGCCUGGCCAGGAGCCUGCACAGAGGGAGCAUCUGGUUUCUGGCUGCUCACACGUGCUCUCUCCCUCAGUCCAGCACGAGUGUAUUCCCCAAGCCAUCCUGGGCAUGGACGUCCUGUGCCAGGCCAAGUCUGGGAUGGGCAAGACGGCUGUCUUCGUGCUGGCCACCCUGCAGCAGAUUGAGCCUGUCAACGGACAGGUGACAGUGCUGGUCAUGUGUCAUACUCGGGAGCUGGCAUUCCAGAUUAGCAAGGAAUAUGAACGCUUCUCCAAGUACAUGCCCAGCGUCAAGGUGUCUGUGUUCUUCGGGGGCCUUUCCAUCAAGAAGGAUGAAGAGGUAUUGAAGAAGAACUGUCCGCACGUCGUCGUGGGGACACCAGGCCGGAUCCUGGCACUCGUACGGAACAGGAGCCUCAACCUGAAGAACGUGAAGCACUUUGUGCUGGACGAGUGCGACAAGAUGCUGGAGCAGCUGGACAUGCGGCGGGACGUGCAGGAGAUCUUCCGCCUGACGCCCCACGAGAAGCAGUGCAUGAUGUUCAGCGCCACCCUGAGCAAGGAGAUCAGGCCCGUGUGCAGGAAGUUCAUGCAAGACCCCAUGGAGGUGUUUGUAGACGAUGAGACCAAGCUCACGCUACACGGACUUCAGCAGUACUACGUCAAGCUCAAGGACAGCGAGAAGAACCGCAAGCUGUUUGAUCUCUUGGACGUGCUGGAGUUUAACCAGGUGGUAAUCUUCGUGAAGUCGGUGCAGCGCUGCAUGGCCCUGGCCCAGCUCCUUGUGGAGCAGAACUUCCCGGCCAUCGCUAUCCACAGGGGCAUGGCGCAGGAGGAGCGCCUGUCACGCUAUCAGCAGUUCAAAGACUUCCAGCGGCGGAUCCUGGUGGCCACCAAUCUGUUUGGUCGAGGGAUGGACAUUGAGCGAGUCAACAUCGUCUUCAACUAUGAUAUGCCCGAGGACUCGGACACCUACCUCCACCGAGUGGCCCGUGCGGGACGUUUUGGGACCAAAGGUCUGGCCAUCACUUUUGUGUCCGAUGAGAAUGAUGCCAAAAUCCUCAAUGACGUUCAGGACAGGUUUGAAGUGAAUGUGGCAGAACUUCCUGAAGAAAUUGACAUCUCUACGUACAUUGAGCAGAGCCGGUAACCACACGCCUGGUGGCCAGAGUCGCCCUGUUUCCUGAGUGCUGCUUCAAGUCCUCUUUCUAGGCACCAGCGGGGCUUCCCUUUUUACUGUUUAAAAGCUGUAGAUUUGUGUAAGAGUAAAGUUUUAUUACGGAA